AUGGUCUUAGGUACCGUGUUGCUCUGGUUGGCAUUUGCCGCUCUACUGGCCGUUGGUAUUGCACUGAUUGUUCAUUUUAAGAAAGAAGAACUCCAAGAGAAUGCGCCUCGAAUCGGUGGUAUCGUGUGUGUUUGUCUGUCAGUGCCAUGCCUCAUAACCGGUGCAAUCAUGAUACACGCGGUGGUGCUGGUCAAAGAGGCUAUCGAUGAGACCAAUCAUCCAAAGUUGUUUCGAACGGAAGAGCUUCGAGAUGUAAGUCUCUUCCAUCGAUCACAAUGUUCUAAAUUGUUUGACCAAAGUUUAAACCAAUCUUGUGAAGUUUGGUUUUGA